UAACAGCCAACUCAUAAAUCCGCGCCAAGAAAUGCUGCAGUGUGUCACAUGGUCGAGUCACAUGGCCUGUGACGUCACCGGAUUACAUCUACGGAAGGGGAACUAGUCCCUUCCGUCCUUUUAUGGAUGAGAAUCUGCGGCCAGUAGGUUGAAGGGGAGAAAAGAUGUCUUUAUAUGAUGAUUUAGGGGUGGAGACAAGUGACUCAAAAACAGAAGGAUGGUCGAAAAACUUCAAGCUUUUACAGUCACAGCUGCAAGUCAAAAAGGCAACACUAACACAAGCAAAGACGCACAAGUCGAAGCAAAGCACAGUACUUGCACCUGUAAUCGACCUUAAACGAGGUAGUGAUGAUCGCCAGAUCAUUGAUACCCCACCACAUGUCGCUGCUGCAGUGAAGGACCCUGUGCCCAGUGGCUUUUCUGCUGGAGAGGUUCUGGUUCCUUUAGCUGAUGAAUAUGACCCCAUGUACCCUAAUGAAUAUGAAAAAGUGGUGAAACGUCAGAGAGAGGAGAGGCAACGGCAGCGAGAGAUCGAAAGGCAGAAAGAAAUAGAAGAGCGAGAAAAAAACCUAAUUGAUGAACGAACGCAACCAACCUUAACUGCUUCAGUAACUCCUGUUAGGAGGAGAAAGGACCGGCAUGAAGCUAGUGGGUUUUCUCGUAAACCUGACCCAGAAUCUGAUGAGGAUGAAGAAUAUGAAAAAGAGAGGCGGAAGAGAGUAAUAGGAGGAGCUGCUAUUGCACCCCCUACGUCACUUGUUGAGAAAGACAGGGAAUCUAUCGUACCUUCCUAUGAUGAUGAACCUAGGCCUCGUCCCCCAGUAGCGAAGGCUGCAAUUCCACCCCCUAUAUAUGAUGAGCCAGAGAGACCACGGUCACCAACUGGGCCAAGUAAUUCCUUUAUUGCAAACAUGGGGGGAACUGUAGCCCACAAAAUCAUGCAGAAGUAUGGCUUCCGGGAAGGGCAGGGUCUGGGCAAACACGAGCAGGGGCUCAGCACUGCACUCUCUGUUGAGAAAACCAGCAAGAGAGGAGGCAAAAUCAUUGUUGGAGAUUUGGCAGAUAAAGCUGAAACCAGUAAGAAAACUGAUCCUAACCCCCUAACAGAAAUACUAAAGUUUCCUACCAAGGUGGUUUUACUACGGAACAUGGUGGGUGCAGGGGAAGUUGAUGAAGACCUGGAGGCUGAAACAAAAGAAGAAUGUGAGAAAUAUGGCAAAGUAGCAAAAUGUGUUAUAUUUGAGACCCCUGGUGCUCCAGAUGAGGAAGCAGUGAGGAUAUUUUUGGAAUUUGAGCGUGUAGAAUCCGCUAUAAAAGCUGUGGUGGAUCUAAAUGGGAGAUACUUUGGUGGCCGAAUUGUUAAGGCGGGCUUCUACAAUCUGGACAAGUUCAGAACUCUGGACCUCGUAGAUUGAUAAUUAUUAGUCCUGUUUGAUGGGAGACAUCUGCUCAUUGAAAGAAAUAUCUAAAUAUGUCACGUUUAUUGUGAUAAGGUUUUUUUUUUUUCGUGUUUUAUAGUAUAAAAACAUUUUUAAAACCACAAAAUUCUUGUGUCCUUUUUAUGGCAGAUUUGUUUUUCUUUUCGUAUAAACCAUGUGUGUACUGAUUUUCUAGUGCCAUUUACAUUUUUCUCUUGUUAAUCACAUUUCUGCCAGACUACUAUUUAACGCUGUGUUAUUAGAGCAAAAUAAAUGUAGUUUUAUCUGCUU